CGCCUAAGUCUUGGACGUCUGUUUGUCUGUCUAGACGUUGACAGCGUAAGCAGUGUUUGCCGGGGAAUCAUUCUCGAUUGCCACUUCAGACAUAUCGGAUACCGGCUAUCCAGAGACUGCGCUGACCGUCGAUAUGGUGUCGAUCAGCUCGGAUUCGGCUCUUCCCCAUUCGGUCGAUUUGGAGUCGCACGGCUGUCUCAUGGGUGAUAAACCAACCACGCCUCUCACCGAUUCCGACAUCGAUAAGAUCGUCGAACGGAAACUCCACUCGAAUAACUUCCGUGUUUUAAACUGGAGUUUGGAUAGUUUGGCCGAGACGAAUGGUUUCUUAGGGUCAUACUACAUCCUCACCGUCACGGUGAAAGCCGACGACAAAUCAACAGAGCUGAAGUUCUUCGCGAAAACACCACCGCCUAUCGGCUCUACGCAGUACAACUUUCUUAUACAGCAUAACACGUUCAACAAGGAGAUAACCGUUUACAAUGACCUAAUACCUAUGAUAGGCAGAGGGAAAGGGCUUAAGUGGGUACCGGACUAUUAUCUUGGUAAGAAUAACACUAUAAUAGUGCUGGAGAAUGCCAUAGUGUCCGGUUACGAGACACUGAACAAGUAUGUACCAUUCGACGUGGAGCACUGCAUUUUGACGGUAAGGUCGCUUGCGAUUUUUCACUCGAGGUGCUUGAUUCUGGACGAAAAGCUGCGACGCAGUACUGGUCAAACGAUUAUGGAUUACUUCGGACACGUGCUGGUGGAAGUGGGCUUCCUGGAGAAUGAUCCACUGGCACGGCAGUAUCGGUACGCUUGCUCUGUUGCUGCUUGCGCGUUGGUUGAUUUCCUCGAAGAUAUCACCGAGGAUCAACGAUCAGUGCUGAAGAAACGCAUUUCCAAGUGGAUCGAGAUGAUGCCAAAGUUGUUGGAGUCGUCGACCAAGUUCAGGAAUCUGAUAUGUCAUCGUGACAUAUGGGUGAACAAUAUUCUGUUCAAGAAGGACUCCACUGGGAAACCAAUCGGUUGCUACAUAAUAGACUACCAGUUCAUUCGAUAUUCCCCUCCAGCGACGGAUUUCAUUCUCAGCCUUUAUCUGAACACUAGUCGCGUCGUUAGAAAGGAGAACUUCGAUUUUUUCGUCGACGUAUAUUGCGACACGAUGCAAUCCGAAUUGGCUUCGGAAGGCUUGGACAUGCAGGAGUGCUUACCUCGCGCGGAAUUCGUUGAAUCGUGCCAGCAGCUAAGGAACAUGGCGUUGAUCUAUUGUAUCAUGAACUUGCAAAUAAUGUUGCUCUCGAAGGAAGCGGUCGACAAGUACUUCGCAGGCAGCAUGGAUGGAAUGGAAGACGUGAUGUACGGUGACCGGAGGGUGGAACUCGUGCUGAGCCAAUGCCGCAGCAUGAAAGCUUAUCAGACACGUCUUAUCGACAUAUUAGAAGAAAUCAAAGAGCACUUGCCCGAUAACCCGGCAAAUUGUUAGCCGCCGGGAAAGAAUAGGGAUACAGAAUGCACUUGGAGUGUCGUCGUUUGUACCUGCAUUACGAUCUAUGAUAAAGGUCUUUGGAACCGAGCCAGGAAGAAGGCCGGCCUCGUUUCUGGAUUUGCGGAUGUGUCGUAAAGUCUCCGAAACGUGCUAGAGUUCGCAAGAAAGGCCACGCGUACCAAGGUCAAUCAAUAGUCGCGUCGAGUCUUGACUUUUUGCUGUAGAACAGCUUGAAUCGUAGUGUUUAUUUCACCAAUGUGUCAGAAAUUUGUCUUGAAAUUAUUUUCUUUUCCUGUAGUAGAGGAUUUACUAAAUUCAAAUUUCACCAACAUUAUUUCAUGAAAGUUUAUAUUAAUUUUGAUUAAAGUAAUUAGGUAUACGAAUGCGUAUUUUAAUUGUCUGUUUUCAAAGUUCCAAUUUCAAAGGUAUAUAUAAAUGGAUAGCUGUUGUUUUUAAUGACAAUGAAAUAAAAUGUACAAUAAAUUCCAUAAACAUAAGCUUAAAAGCUUUAUUAUGUAUUAGCGAAUUAAUAUGGUAUAAUAGAACAACGUGAAUCAUUGAAGCCUUGUGUAUACAAAUUUGGUUCUGAAUCAGCCUUUCGGUUAGUGAUGUGUACAGAAAAAAUUACACGUGAUUUACGGGAUGAAGCUUUAUUAGGAUUUCUGCGGAUAAUUUUGUAAACAUUGUUAUCAAUUUUAUAGAUACGUCGAUUGUAAAGUUAUUAAGAAGUAAAAUAUCUUAACGACAUUAUACAUGCGUGUCAAUUUAUUUCGUCAAGUCAUUUUGAGAGUCUGAGUAUACUAUUAUAUGCUUCGUGCAUAUAAGUGUAAUAAAAUUGUAUAAAUAAAAUUGGGUAAAUAUCUUCGGUAUUUACGAUAAGUUAAAAGCAUAAUAAACCAUUCUAUAGCUGUAGUCCUAUCUUUCCAAACAGUUGAACAAUAUUCCUUGCUAUAUAAUUACACCGAUUAGUAUUAACAACAUAAUAAUGCACAGCAAUAGAUAUUUCGCAAUCGUCUCAUUGGUUGACAGUUCACUUCUGACUUAUUUUCUCUUACUCUCUAGAAUAUAGGAAGUUUCGAAACAGGUGAGCAUAAAUUCAGUAUGUUAAUAUAAGAAAAAA